AUGCGCUUCUUUUUAACUCUCAGUCUCAUACUCCCAUCCGUGCUCGCAGCACCUUUUAAAUUCCCCACCCACCACCAACAUUCACCCCCCUGCGUUAUCACAGGUGUCGCUUAUCUAAACCCUCGUCACGCCCUCGUCCUCCUUGGCAAACGAGAACCCGACCCUCCCACCAGAGACUCUGAGUGCGUUUUCCCCGAACUCUCACUCUUUUAUUUAUUUUAUUUUAUUUACAUUUCUAUGACGCUUUAUCACAUUGGAAUCUUUAACUUCCGACUCAGAGGUCCGGCAGAGAAUGACAGUGUGCUCGGCACAACCACUCCAGGAGGUGCUCCCUUAGCGUCCAGUGACCAGAAUGCCAGCUCUCCCACUGCUGCUAGUCCUUCGACAGCUCCUGCAACUACUACUUCACCUGCCCCAUCUCCUUCAGAGACUCAUGGAAGUACCACAGCUGGGCUCACGUCAACUGGUACUCUCGCCGGCAGCGACUCGGAUGCUCAUGGAACUUCGGCCAACACUGCGAGAAACCCUUCCUCUGAAAACGCAGCUUCCUUUGCGGAUUUGGAGAUAACACUAACACAGUCCGGCUCAUCUGCAUUUGACACACCAAUACCCCAAGAUAUGACAGCCGGCUUCUCCAGCCCUGUCAUGGACAGCAGCGUAUCCGACAGCUUUGGCGAUGUAUCUGGCACCGCAGGGGCGAAUGGCAUGACGAAGACAAGGGAAUUAGACCCACCGGUGCCGUUGACCUUGACGAGCGGAUUGGAUUAUGAUUGUGAGUACGGUGUGUAUCUCACAUUUACUGAUGUGCAUCGGGGGGUGGAAAAUUUAUCCUAUGGUACAGGUUACAUGUGUAAUGAAAGCGUUGUGACCCUAAGAGGUACUCGAUCUCCUUCAUUUCCAACUCUAACAGCCUACGCUCUCUUGCGAUCCACAGCACCAUCAUGGCACGCAUCUCUUCUCCCCAAAGUGGCGGCCGCGGGAACGGUACAAAUGGUUGUUCUGGGCGAUAGAGCUGUUGGCGCACGCGCACAUGCGCCAUCGCCCAUGUCGCGUAAAGAAUUUCCUAGAAUUUAUUAA